UCUAAUUUUGAGAUUUUCACUGCUUUUACAUUGUGUUUAAAUUUAAGCAACUAUUUUGACUCAUCUUCAAGUCUUUUUUUAAUUAUCUUUAAUUAUAAUAUUCUAAUUCCCAACUUACUCCCUUGAGCUUGUGCUUUGUAGUUAACUAUAGUCAAAAUGAAUAUCCGUUGUGCUAAGCCGGAAGAUUUAAUAAACAUGCAGCAUUGUAACCUGCUAUGUUUACCUGAAAAUUACCAGAUGAAAUAUUAUUUCUACCAUGGUUUAUCUUGGCCUCAACUAUCAUAUGUAGCUGAAGAUGAAAGUGGUAAAAUUGUCGGAUAUGUCCUGGCGAAAAUGGAAGAGGAUUCAGAGGAUGAUCCUCAUGGUCACAUUACCUCAUUGGCUGUCAAGAGAUCUCAUCGUCGUCUAGGAUUAGCUCAGAAAUUAAUGAAUCAAUCAUCUCGAGCUAUGGUUGAAUGUUUCAACGCCAAAUAUGUUUCACUUCAUGUGCGAAAAAGCAAUCGAGCUGCUUUACAUUUAUACGCCAAUACAUUAGGAUUUGUAAUUCACGAGACUGAACCCAAAUACUAUGCGGAUGGUGAGGAUGCCUAUGCCAUGAGAAGAGACCUUGCUUCUUUUGCUAAAUCUGAUACUAAUAAAUCCAGUUGAAACAAGUACAUGUGUAUUUUGUUUAUCUUUAUUAAAUUCUCAGCUUCAUCAGACAUACAUUUUUGUUACCACUACAGCUGAUUUGGAAUUAA